AUGGCGCAAGCAAGAAUGGCAUUGGCAUGGCGCAUUGACAAAAGGCCGCGGCACCCGCAAUCUGCCGCCCCAGUUGCCAUGUGGUGGGGGGGACGAGGGCGGGUGGGAGUGGGAGUGGGAGGCUGCCCCCUACACCAGCGCCACCACGAGCAGUCGUCGCGCACCACCACCACAGCCUCCAUCUAUAUCCCCUCCCCCACCCUCUCGCCUGCUGCUGCUCCCAUCUUCUUGGUGCCUCCUCCCCUCCCUGACCGUGGGAUCUUGGGUUCCUUGCCCUACCGAGCUGCAUUGCCGAAUCGAGGCGCCGAUUUGGGGGAAGAUUGCUGCUGCAUUGAUGAAUGCCGGAGCUAUAGCGCUCACUGAUUUGGGGAUUCGAUGUCACGGGCAUCCGGAUGUCAUUGCCGAUCGCCCUCGUAGUCGGCAUUGCCGCCGGCGGCGCCACCUUGCUCGCGGCGGCGGCCGUGCUCCUCGCGCUCUGGUGCGCGGCGCGGCGCAGGGCCCGCCGUAACCGCAACUCCGACACCGGCUCAUCCGACCCUUCGACGCUAGUGGAGUGGGGCAAGGGGGGCCGGAGCUCGUUGGCGCCGGAGCCGGAGCCGGAGCCGGAGCGUCAGGUUGCGAGGCAAUUCUCGCUGGAGGAGCUUGUGCAGGCAACCAAGAACUUCAGCGACGCCAACAUCGUUGGCGCUGGGAGCUUCGGCUUGGUGUACAUGGGGCUGCUGCUUGAUGGCACGAUUGUCGCGAUCAAGAGGCGUGUGGGGGCGGCGAGGCAGGAUUUUGCUGAUGAGGUUAGGUGUCUCUCAGAGAUUCGUCACCGAAACAUUGUAACUCUCAUUGGUUACUGUCAAGAAGGGGGUCUACAAAUGCUGGUUUAUGAGUACCUGCCCAAUGGCAGUGUCUGUGGCCAUCUGUAUGAUAACGGGAAAGGCUCCACGACACGGCUUGAGUUCAAACAAAGGCUUUCAAUAGCCAUUGGGGCUGCUAAAGGUUUGAACCAUCUGCACAGUCGUGAUGCUCCUUUGAUUCACAAAAACUUCAAGACAAACAAUGUGCUGGUUGAUGAAAAUUUCAUUGCAAAGGUGGCUGAUGCUGGACUUGUUAGGUUACUUAGAGGAUCUGACGAUGCUGGCCCAUCACAUGGGUUCAGUAGCAGUGUUUACCAAGACCCAGAGGUACAAUCGGUGGCUCAGUUCUCUGAAAGCAGUGAUGUGUACAGCUUUGGAGUUUUCCUUUUGGAGCUAAUUACUGGCAGGGAAGCAGCCUCCUUGAUGCCUCCAGAAUCCAGAGAAUAUCUGGCCCACUGGAUGGAAGCACAUUUCAGUUCAAAUGAACUGAUUGACCCAAGAUUUGGUGGCAACUUCACAUCAGAAGGUAUGAAGGAGCUUGUCGGCCUUGCUUUCCAGUGCCUGAACCCAUCAUCAAGACGGCGACCAAGGAUGAGGCUGGUUGCGACUGAGCUAGACCGGAUUCUGGAGACGGAGAUGUCCAUGACGACGUUCAUGGGCGACGGAACUGCCAUCGUCACACUAGGGAGCCAGUUGUUCACGUCGUGAAUGAUUGAUUUCAUGUCUGCUAUUUGAUGACAUGAUGAUUGCCUGUAAGAGCCUAGCAGCUGUUUGUUUCUGCCAAGCUGUGCUCGCUCUGCAUUGUUGCGAAAUGCCAUGUAUGGUUAUUUUUUAAGCUUGUCAUGGUUGAUAUAGUUUGGUAGGAGGGGUGAGAAGAAAUAGAGCUGUAUGUAUCUCUCUUUUUCUUCUUCUUUUCGGCACCUGGGAGAAGAAUUGUAUGUAAUCUUCAGAUUGUUCAUUUCCAAUGUAACAGGCAAGUUGUUUAUUGCCCUUCAGUGUUUUAAGCUAUGAAAGGGCUAAUUCGGAGUUACCGUGCUAAUUA